AAAGGAGAGAAACAUUGUUUUAUAUAAGUGAGGCCCACCAUAAUAUUAGCAAAUGAAUGAAGCAAAGCAUUGAGUUCUAGUGGCUGGUGAGUGUUGAGCUCAAAGCACCUUAUCCCUUUUCAAAUGCAUCACCUAAAUUCUUUCUCUUCUCAAACUCCAUUAACAGCUAGGAGCUGUUCAAACUCCAUUAUAUCUAAUAAAACUGCCAUAUCUUCUUCUUCGUCGAUUGAUGCUACCAAUCAUGGCAUAUUCUGUAAAGUAUGUAGGAAACAACCAUUAUUUAUGCCUAAAAAAAGAAGCAAGAAUCAUCAUCAAUGGAGGAUUUCAGCAGUUGAAAGGGAUCAAUCAAAGUUUGAGGUUGACCAAGAUAAGGCUAGAAAAGCUCUUAGUGAAUUAGACCAACAAAUUGAAUCUCUUUCUACAAAACAACCCAAUUCUCCUAAGAUCAAAGCCUCAAGUAUUGGAAAUUUGGCAGAACAAGCAAAAAACGAGCCUCCAGAAAUUACAGGGUCAUUUUUAAGAUACACCGCAUUUUUUCUAUUUUUAUUUACAAUUCUAUACAAUGUACUUUUUGUAACAGUCAUAAAACCCUCUGUUGAUGGUCCAGAUGAGGAUGUUGCAGAUACUGAUGUUACCACAACUUAUCAAGCUCCAAAUAAUGCAAGUUAAUCAUAUAGCAAUAACCAAGCCAAAAACUCUAAUUGCCUCAAGUAUUCAGCAUUUCUAUAAACUUAUUUUUGUAUCACAAAUUGUUGUCUAAGCAGAUUUACUGAGAAACGCGCAUCAUAUAUGGGUAAAAUAACCUAUCUAAUACAUAAUAUGAAAAUAUGAGGUCGUCUCUCUGAGAGACGGCCUCUCACAGUA